AAUUUUGUUGUCUUUGUGUAAAGGAGUGGAGCUCGAUCUCACAUCACUCUUCCCUCUUCCCCGAGUCCUUUCUAAACUCUCCCCCGGGUCUCUACCCUCCCGAACCUCUCCCCUUCUACCCUUACAACCCCAACCCUCCCCCCGAUCACUUACCAGCGCACGACUCAGCUUUAGAUCCAUCUUGGUGACCAAAGACCCAACUGAGUACGGACAGCUACAUUACAGUUGCAGUUAUGGACUCCGGUGUGAUUGAAGGAGGGCUCAAUGUCACCCUUACCAUUAGGCUUCUCAUGCACGGAAAGGAAGUCGGAAGUAUAAUCGGAAAGAAAGGUGAAUCUGUGAAGAAGAUGAGGGAAGAGAGUGGAGCUCGCAUCAACAUCUCUGAGGGCAACUGUCCUGAGAGGAUCAUUACUUUGGCAGGUCCAACCACCGCCAUCUUUAAAGCAUUCUCCAUGAUCAUUGAAAAGCUGGAAGAGGAUAUAAGCAGCUCAAUGACAAAUAGUACAGCCACCAGUAAGCCCCCAGUGACCCUACGCAUUGUGGUGCCUGCCAGCCAAUGUGGUUCCCUCAUUGGGAAAGGUGGCUGCAAAAUUAAGGAAAUUCGAGAGUCAACCGGUGCUCAGGUACAAGUGGCGGGAGACAUGCUCCCCAACUCCACAGAGCGUGCCAUCACCAUUGCUGGCACUCCUCAGUCUAUAAUCGAGUGUGUAAAGCAGAUCUGUGUGGUCAUGCUUGAGUCUCCCCCUAAGGGGGUCACAAUCCCCUACCGACCCAAGCCUUCAGGAUCCCCGGUCAUCUUUGCAGGUGGACAGGCAUAUGCCGUACAAGGACAGCACGCGAUUCCACAACCAGAUUCUUCCUCUGCUGCUAUCUCUCCACAGCUCACCAAGCUUCACCAGCUGGCUAUGCAGCAGAGUCCCUUCCCCAUUGCACCAAGCAACCAGGGAUUUACUGGAAUAGAUGCUUCUGCUCAAACCAGUUCCCAUGAGAUGACCAUUCCAAAUGACCUCAUUGGAUGCAUCAUCGGCCGCCAGGGGGCCAAGAUCAAUGAGAUCAGGCAAAUGUCAGGUGCCCAGAUCAAGAUUGCGAAUCCAGUCGAUGGAUCAACUGACCGUCAGGUCACCAUCACAGGCUCUCCUGCAAGCAUCAGUCUGGCAGAGUACCUCAUCAAUGCCAGGCUUUCCUCCGAGGCCACAGGACUGGCAGCCAACUGAUAAGACACUGCAUCUGCACUAAAUCUCACUUUUAUACUAUUGGUUAUUGUAAAGCAGUCAAUGCAACUAUCCAACUUAAGAGUUUAUAUAUUAUAACGCCUCUUCUCAUUUGAAAUCAUGUCAACCACCACUGAUUUAAUCCGCUGAGUUUUAUAUUUAUUUUGUUUUUGGUUUUUAGGGUUAAAGACUCAUAAAAUUAGAUUUUUAAUUCCCCUUUUAAGUCAAGUUGGAGGUUUUAAUGUUCUAUUGUUAGAUUUUUUUUUUUUUCUUUUGGAUCCCUCACUCUCUUACCUUUUUCUUUCUUCACCAUCACAGAGGAGUAGAGUUGGAAAACUCUGAAUAGGUAUAUAGAUUUAGUUCUGUACAGUCAGUUUUUUUUUUCUUUAAAAAGAAAGACAAAAAAGGAAACAAAAACCGAAUAGAGUGACUGUUUUACUCUGUGUUUAUAUACCCCAUUAUCCUCACACAGUUCCAGUCAGUCUUUCCAUUUCAUGUGUCCAUGCUCAGAUGAUUUAGAUAUACACAGCAUUUUUCUCCCUUGUCAUGUUUUCAAUAUAAGUGCUUGUAUCAUGGAUUACACUCGUGUCACUAAGGAGAAUACGUAGCUGUACAUGCACUGUCACUGGUUAUAUUUAGUUUCAAUGACAAAAUGUUCUAACUCACAAUUGAAUUUAUCCAGAUGAUUUAAAAUGUUUAUUACGACGCAUGUCACUUUUUCUCCCUCUACACGUCAUUCCUGUCCCCCCCCCUCCUGGUCCUGAGAUCAUGUGUUGAUAUUUUGCUGGGAUGGGAGGUUUUUGGGGUUGGGCUUGGCUCUAGGGAUCAGAAGCAGAGGGUUCCCCUCGCUUUUUUUUGUAAAGACUGAUAUAUACUAAAAAUGUUGGAAUAUUUGUUUUAAACGGAGGAAAUAUUUUUUUUUAACUACCAAAGGGGAUAACUCCUGGACACUGACUGAUCUGUCUGUUAAAUGUGAUGAGGCUGAGGACUGAAUCAUUUAAGCUCUGGAAAUAGACAAAGAAAGGGUUGUGAGUUAACACUAGUUCCUGUUUUUUUUUUUUUUUUUCUUUGCUCAAGUCAGGAUUUAUUUUAUUUUUUAUUUGCAGGAAAGAAAACUUUUGUGCACAUUUUUGAGACUGUAGACCACCACAACAAGAGUGCCACAACAUUGUUUAAAAAGGGCAUAGCCACCAAAUCUCCAUUUAGUUGCUGAAAAAAUGGAAAUGCAUUGAACAAGUUCAGUUUCAAUUUAAUGCAUCUCCAUUAUUAGAUAGUCUUGUGAAUUUGACACCUGACUGUUGGUUAACUGAAGUUGACAUGUUUGACAAUAGGCCGUUUGUUAACCCUUUUUCUACAUCGGAGAACAUAUUCACAGCCCAAAUGAUUUUUAAAAACAGCAUUUUGUUCUGAUGAUGCACAGUAAAUGAGUUUGACAUUGAUCUUGUAUGUCUGAUUGCAUGCCUCAUUCUCUCUCCCACCAUGGUCUACUGGUGCGUCUCUAUCUCCAUGUCUCCAGGCUUUCCUCCGAGGCCACAGGACUGGCAGCCAACGGCCAGUUUAAAUAUUUUAUUUUAAUUACCAAAGGGGAUAAACCCUGUACACUGACUGAUCUGUCUGUUAAAAGUGAGGAGGCUGAGGACUGUAUCAUUUAAGUUCUGGAACUAGACAAAGGGUUAUGAGUUGACAUGAGUUUCCUGGUCUUUGCUUUGCUCAAGUCAGAAUUUAUUUUAUUUUUUAUUUUGCGGGAAAGAAAACUUUUGUGCACGUUUUUGAGACUGUAGACUUGGGUGCCACAACAUUGUUUAAAGAAUACAGAAAUAAAGAUGUGAAAUGCUCAAACCA